UUCCGUCAAAAGUCAAAAAUUUUGACAUUUUUUGACAUUUGUUUACAGCCACAAAUUUGUUUGUCAUCAUAAGUGGAUAAAAAAUGUCUCAAGAAAUCAGAGAGCACGUCUUGAACCUCAUGAGGCAGAAAGACAAAAUAGAAGACGAAAUUAAACAGUUGACGGAAAUCCUAACCAUGAAUGGGGUGGGCAUGAGUGACCCUUUGGUCGACUCCGAAGACUUCCCCAUCAAUUCCAUCGACGUUUACCAAGUGCGACACGCAAGACAGCGCAUUAUUUGUUUGCAAAACGACCACAAAAACAUAAUGAAACAAAUUGAGAACGGCCUCCAGGGCUAUUAUUCCAGUUCUAGCAGUAACCAGUCAAUUGGUGUGCAAGAUAUUGAAAUGAGAAGCGACCACAACAGUGUCACACAUGAAGCCCCRUUUGCGAAAGUCACGAUGGUGUCUCCCAAUUCGCCGGCCGAAAUUGCGGGUUUACACGCGAAUGACUUUAUCGUAGAGUUUGGGUCAAUUAACGCGAGCAAUUUUAAGAAUCUCUCAGAUGUUGCAACAGUUGUUCAACAUUCGGAAGGAAAUCAAGUGCCAGUGAAGGUGAAACGGGGCGAAAGAAUUAUUCCCGCGGUUUUGGUACCAAAAAAGUGGCAAGGCAAAGGACUCCUAGGCUGUAAUAUCGAUGUGUUGAAAUAAGUUUUAAGAUGUUGUGUACAUCAACGAUCAAAUAAAUAAUUUAUUGUUCA